CAUGCAGCGUGAGUCUGGGAAAAAGAAGCCAGAGAAGCUGUUUGACCCCUUCUCCUUCGGGAAGGACCUGCUGGCCGGCGGGGUUGCGGCGGCCGUGUCCAAGACGGCCGUGGCGCCCAUCGAGCGGGUGAAGCUGCUGCUGCAGGUGCAGGCGUCGUCCAAGCAGAUCAGCCCCGAGGCGCAGUACAAGGGCAUGGUGGACUGCCUGGUGCGGAUCCCCCGCGAGCAGGGUUUCUUCAGCUAUUGGCGUGGCAAUUUGGCAAAUGUUAUCAGGUAUUUUCCAACACAAGCUCUAAACUUUGCUUUUAAGGAUAAAUACAAACAACUCUUCAUGUCUGGAGUUAAUAAAGAAAAACAGUUCUGGAGGUGGUUUUUGGCAAACCUGGCUUCUGGUGGAGCUGCUGGGGCAACAUCCUUAUGUGUUGUGUAUCCACUAGAUUUUGCCCGAACCCGAUUAGGUGUUGAUGUUGGAAAAGGUCCUGAAGAGAGACAAUUCAAGGGUUUAGGUGACUGUAUUAUGAAAAUAGCAAAAUCAGAUGGAAUUAUUGGUUUAUACCAAGGGUUUGGUGUUUCCGUUCAGGGCAUCAUUGUAUACCGAGCCUCUUAUUUUGGAGCUUAUGACACUGUUAAGGGCUUAUUACCAAAACCAAAGGAAACCCCAUUUAUUGUGUCCUUUAUCAUUGCCCAAGUUGUGACUACAUGUUCUGGGAUACUCUCUUAUCCCUUUGACACGGUUCGGAGGCGUAUGAUGAUGCAGAGUGGUGAGAGUGAACGGCAAUACAAAGGAACCAUAGACUGCUUUAUGAAAAUAUACCAAUACGAAGGAAUCGCUGCAUUUUUUCGUGGUGCCUUCUCUAACAUCCUUCGUGGUACAGGGGGUGCUUUGGUGUUGGUGCUGUAUGAUAAAAUUAAAGAAUUUCUUAAUAUUGAUAUUGGAGGUGGCUCAUCAGGAGAUUAAAAUGAGAAAUGCAUGGAUUUCAC